GCCUAGCUCAGGAGCCAGGACGCCCUACUAGGACCAGGCCACGGUAAGCUCUUGACGCCGUGGCCGUAGGAUAACAAUGGCGGCUCUUCGCGCGAGCGCGUCUCUGCCGCUGGCGCAGUCUCCGGCUCUCCGCGGAGAGCCCGAGGUUGCGCAAGGGAGCGUUGGGGUUCCAGGGAGCAGCUGGGGCAAGAUUCCUCAGCAUGACGGGCUUAGGCGAGUGUUACCAGCGACGAGUAACAGUGCAGCGUUUCGCAGAGUAGGAUGCAGAGUUGGCCGAAUCGUGCGAGAGGGAGUAACGCCACGUGGCAUUCGGUCCAGUUUAAGUGGCAGCGCGAGUGAUAAGGACGGAGUUAAAUUAGCAGAUUCCGCCAUGGCCGCGACGCUGGUAGAGGAGAAGGAAUCGACGCGGCUAUUAAGAGCUGCAGAAACCGCUCUCGGUUUAAACUCCAGUGUCGAGUCUACUGACGACGAUGACGAUGAUUUCGACGACGAGACGGACACAGAGGACGCGAAGGGGAGCGAUGGCAGUGAAUCGCGAGCGAAAUCUCGCCAACGGUUACCAUCGCUAGCGGAAAGACUAGCUGACGAUCGUGACGUCAGCAGGUGGUUGGCGGAAGUGGAGGACGCAGAUAGCUUGACGGAGCUGCUGCUGGGGAAGCUGGCGGCUCUGCGGGGGGAGGCGGGCGGAGCUGCAGCGCUAGCCGCGGCGGAAGCAGCAGCGGCGGAAGCUACAUCCGCCGCUGCGGCAAAGGCGGAGGCGGAAGCGGCAGCGGCGGCGGCUGCGGCGGCAGCAGCCGCCGCGGAAGAGAAGAAGAAGGCGGGCGGGGGAUGGUUCAGUGGGUUGGGGAGUCUACUGGGGGGUGAUAAGGAUAAGAAGGCGGAAACGGCAGGGGGUAAGGCGGAGCGAGCGCAAGGUCAGGGGAGAUUUACGGAGGCGCAAGGGAAAGGGGGAGCGACAGGUGCCAGCAGAGCGCAGGGCGCGGGGAUGGGGCAACGGCCGGGGGGGAAAGUCGGCGCAGGCGCAGGGGCGGGGAGCGCGGGAAAGGCGGAAAGGUUCUCGCGGCGUGACGUGGCAUGGCUGAUGGAGGGGAGCCUGGCAGCGGGCAACGUGACACUCGCCUAUUCGCUGCUGAAUGCGUGCAAGACUUCUUCUUUGGCGCUUAAUGUCGGCGUGCCCGGGGCAGCGCGCAUGCGCGUGUGGCCAGCAGCAGGCGUGCGCCUGUACGCGGCGAUGGUGAGGGGGCUGGCAGCACUGCUGAGAGUGGCGGACGCAGUGGCGCUGGUGGGCGAGGUGCAGCGCAGGGGGGUGCCCGAGGGGGACAGAGAGGUGUCAUUUGGAGUGACAGUGGACUGCCCCACGUGUCGCAAGGCGUUUUCUGUGGUGCAGCCGCAGCAAGGCCGGCAGGUGGUGGGGUGUGCAGGGUGCAAGUACGAGUACGAGUUGGUGUCAGGGGACCUCAUCUCCUGCGACUCCGAGACACUCAUUGACUCAGCUCCCAUACUAGACAAGGUCCUUCGCUUCGUUCGUAUCAAAAGAGGCGACCCGCCAGCAGCGGUGCACAGCGUGGUGCUGAAAGCCCCCGACGGCACGUCGCAGAUCAACACCUUCGCCACCGUCACCCCCUCCGUGCCCGCCCAGUCGGGCGAGCGCCUCACCAUCGCCUGCGCCGCCCCCUCCUUCUCCUCCUCCCUCGCCUCCUCCCUCUCCUCCUCCCUCCCCUCCUCAUCCUCUUCCUCCUCUCGAAGACCCUCUUCCUCUCAGCGGAAAAUAGCCGGGGUUUUCCCGGCUCCUGCGAACAGAACCCCGGGGUGGAAUCCCAGUGAGCCCAUGGCGCUGACCAAUCAUGUUACGAGGCAGACGCUGGCAUUGCUGCGCGCGCCACCCAAGGCCACUAGAGACAGCGGCAGCCUGUCGCUGCCGCCCUGGGUGCUGCCGCUGGGCGGCACGCUGGUGGCGGCGAACGUGGUUGCGGCGGCAGCAGUGAGCAUGGGGGUGAUGGAGCCGAAUGCGAUCACGGACGGCACGAUGGGGAGCGUGGUCGGGUGGGUGGCGGCAGGAGGAGCGGCAGCAGGUGGGGCUUACAACUAUGUCGUGCUGCCGAAGUUACGAGAGCUCCCAGGCUGCGUGGUGGACGGCAUGGCAGUGCGGCAGCAGCUGCUGGAGCAGCACGCUUCGCUGAGGCAGAGGCUAGAGGCGCUCUCCGCUGCUGCGGCUGACGAGGUGCGCAUGCUGGCUCGCAUGUGCCAGUUGCAGAACAAGAUGCAGUCGAUUGGCCAGCCAUCCACUUACAGUGCGCGGUGGGACCGAGUAGUGGCCGCACGCAAAGGGCUUGACCAGCGGCUACUGGCGAGAAUCAACCUGAUUGAUAGCUAUGCCAAGGUUCUGUCGAUGAUAGAGAUAGAGGUUGAGAUGGAUGCGGACGUGCCAACAGCAGAGGCAGCAGGCGCUGCGGCCAGCAUCGCGGACCAGAUCGAGCGCCUCAUGGAGGUCGAGAGCCUGCAGAAGGAGUGGAAGCAGCAGGCGGAGGUGAAUGACGAGUUGGAGCGCCUGCUCAGAAGCGCCCCUGCCCUCCCCGAGGCUGCAUCCAUGCAGUCCUGAUUUCACCCUCCUGUCUCUGGAACCAAUGGCCUUGCCUCGUGAAUUGGGCAUAUGCCCAAUUCUGGACUAUGCCUAUGCCUUGUUACACCUCGGGACUGUUAAUGGACUUGUGGGGUCUCUGUUUUUUCUGUCGAGUCGAGUGGUGUUAACUUGAGCUGCCAACUAUGGCAUAAUGGCAUGUCUGCUGUUGUGUUGGUGCUCGAAAUUCCAUCUACCACCAAAUAUGUGGUAGAUGUUUUGCGGACCUGCGUUGUGUUGUGUGUACCAAAUAUUUUCUAUACUUAGUCUCCUGCAACACCUAUCAAAUUAUUACAGUGUGCU